AUGCACCUUCCUUCCUUUGGGAAGUGCGCUGACCGAGCUGUGGAAGAAGUGUUGGAGGGCCUGCUCAACUUGAAGAUGUUUGGCAGUGGGAAGAAGAAGUGGUUCGUGAGGAAGCACAAGAGGCAGUACCAGCAGCAGCAGAGGUCCACCAGGAGGCCGUGCACUAAACACAAGAAGCGCUGGGCUGCCCAGCUCCUCCAGCAGCACAGGCAGAAACUCCUGAGCGAGCUGGAUGUCAACGCCGUGCUCCCUUACCUGGUAUACGACAAGGUCUUCUCGCUAGGGGAGUACAAGGAAAUCCUGGGACAAGAGUCCAACAAGAGGCGCGCAGAAAUAUUUCUGGACUGCCUGUCUUCUAAAGGACCUGCUGCGUUCUGCUCCUUCUGCUCAGUACUGGAGGAGGUGUGCCCACACCUGCUUACCUGGUUUCUCUUGGAUGGAGAUGGUGGUGCUAUUGGCGAAGGAAACAAAGAGGAGGUUCCCAUGCUCCCAAACACUUCUGGAGAGGAACCUCUGUGCCCUCCUCCAGUGUACACUGACCCAGUGUUUGACUCGAGGAUACAUCCCAGCCCGACCGCUGGCUCCGUUACAGCUGCCUCCUCUGCGAGCACUGUCCAGGGCAAGCCAUCACUCCGCCGUAUAAAGGGCCGAAUUCACAGGAGCAAGAGCCUGGACAGCAUUGACCUCAUGGACUCCAAUAGCGCAGCAAUGGAGGAGACUGUCAUUUGGGAACAGCACACUGUAACACUCCACAGGGCACCAGGGUUUGGCUUCGGGAUAGCCAUAUCAGGAGGCCGAGAUAACCCUCAUUUUCAAAGUGGCGAGACCUCCAUCGUCAUCUCAGAUGUGCUAAAAGGUGGCCCAGCUGAAGGCCUACUGCAGGAAAAUGACAGAGUGGUCAUGGUCAAUGCUGUUUCCAUGGAUAAUGUGGAGCAUGCAUAUGCAGUCCAGCAGCUCCGUAAAAGCGGGAAAAUUGCCAAAAUUACAAUCAGACGGAAGAGGAAGGUGCACGUCCCCAUGGGUCGUCUCGGGGAACGGGAAACCAUGUCGGAACACGACGAGGAGGAGGACAGCUACGACGAAGAGAUAUACGAGACGCGGAGCGGACGUAGUGGCGCGUACAGCGGCAUGGGUGGAGCCAUGGGUAGGCGCAGCGGUAGGAGCUGUGGCCGAAGGGAGCGUGAACGUGAACGCAGCGGCUCACGGGAGAGGAGUCUCUCGCCACGUUUGGAUCGCCGCUCACAUAACCUGCCCCCUCGGCCUGCUAAAGUCACGUUAGUCAAAUCGCGCAAAAAUGAAGCAGAAUAUGGCCUGCGCUUGGCCAGCCACAUCUUCGUCAAGGACAUCUCCCCCGAGAGCCUCGCAGCCAGGGAUGGAAACAUCCAGGAGGGGGAUGUUGUACUGAAGAUCAACGGCACAGUGACGGAGAACCUCUCCUUGAUUGAUGCCAAGAAGCUGAUAGAAAGGUCAAAGGGCAAGCUAAAAAUGGUUGUUCAGAGGGACGACAGGGCGACUUUGCUGAACAUCCCUGACCUUGAUGACAGCAUUCCUUCAGCCAACGCCUCUGACAGAGAUGACAUUUCAGAUAUCCAUUCUCUUGCAUCAGACCAUUCCAAUCGAUCGCAUGACAGACUUAGAAGCAGCCGCUCCCGCUCUCCGGACAGACGAUCGGAACCCUCUGAGCACUCCAGACAUUCGCCACCUCAAAUAAGCAAUGGCAGUCACAGAAGUCGAGAUGAGGAGAGGAUAUCAAAAGGGGCUUCAACACCAGCAAAGCUUCCAGAGGAAGUUCCUCUACCCAAACCGAAAGAACCUGUUCUUGUUAGAGACGAGAAACAACUCCCACCGCUCCCAGAGCCGAAGCCAGUGUAUGCCCAGCCUGGUCAACCUGAUGUGGACCUGCCCGUCAGCCCAUCUGAUGCCCCCGUGCCAAGUGUUGCUCACGAUGACAGCAUUCUUCGGCCAAGCAUGAAACUGGUAAAGUUCAAAAAGGGUGAGAGUGUGGGACUGCGGCUGGCAGGAGGGAAUGAUGUUGGCAUCUUUGUUGCUGGAGUGCUGGAGGAUAGCCCAGCUGCAAAGGAGGGCCUGGAGGAGGGUGAUCAAAUUCUCAGGGUAAACAACGUCGAUUUUGCAAACAUUAUCCGAGAGGAGGCAGUGCUGUUCCUCCUUGAUCUUCCUAAAGGUGAAGAGGUCACCAUUUUGGCUCAGAAGAAGAAAGAUGUUUAUCGGCGGAUUGUGGAGUCUGACGUGGGUGACUCCUUUUAUAUCCGGACCCACUUUGAGUAUGAGAAGGAAUCUCCAUACGGGUUAAGCUUUAACAAGGGCGAAGUGUUCCGUGUGGUGGAUACACUCUACAAUGGCAAGUUGGGUUCCUGGCUUGCUAUUCGCAUUGGCAAGAACCAUCAGGAGGUGGAGAGGGGCAUCAUCCCCAACAAAAACAGAGCGGAGCAGCUCUCCAGCGUGCAAUAUACACUCCCCAAAACAGCCGGGGGCGACAGGGCAGACUUCUGGAGGUUCCGGGGUCUUCGCAGUUCAAAGAGGAACCUCAGGAAAAGCAGAGAAGAUCUUUCUUCACAGCCGGUGCAGACAAAGUUCCCAGCCUAUGAGAGAGUUGUAUUGCGAGAAGCUGGUUUCCUACGACCUGUGGUCAUAUUUGGACCUAUUGCUGACGUUGCGCGUGAAAAACUCUCUAGAGAAGAGCCAGAUCUUUUUGAGCUUGCAAAGAGUGAGCCCAGAGAUGCAGGAACAGACCAGAGAAGUUCAGGAAUCAUACGUCUUCACACCAUCAAACAAAUCAUAGAUAGAGACAAACACGCUGUGCUGGACAUCACCCCAAAUGCGGUGGACAGACUAAACUAUGCUCAGUGGUACCCAAUCGUAGUCUUCCUAAAUCCCGACAACAAGCAGGGUGUGAAGAACAUGAGGACAAGGUUGUGUCCAGAAUCCAGGAAAAGUGCCAGGAAACUGUAUGAGCGAGCCAUCAAACUGAGGAAGAACAAUCAUCACCUGUUCACAACCACCAUUAACUUGAACAAUAUGAAUGACGGUUGGUACGGUGCUCUUAAAGAGACAAUCCAGCAGCAACAGAACCAGCUGGUGUGGGUGUCUGAGGGAAAGGCGGAUGGCACAACAGAAGACGACCUGGAUAUCCACGACGACCGUCUGUCUUACCUGUCGGCGCCAGGUAGCGAGUACUCCAUGUAUAGCACCGACAGCCGCCACACGUCAGACUACGAGGACACAGACACAGAGGGUGGAGCGUACACGGACCAGGAGCUGGACGAGACCCUAAAUGACGAGGUCGGUCUGCCGACAGAGCCUGCCAUCACUCGGUCUUCUGAACCUGUGAGGGAAGACCCACCCGUCAUUCAGGACACCCCUGGUUACCCUGGAUACCAGCACCCUGUGCCGUCUGACCCGGCUAAUCGGAUAGACUCCACUGGCUUCAAGUUGCCAUCCCCGCAGCAGCAAGAGGAGGCUUCUCUGCCUGCAGCGGCGGUAGCGCCCCCUGCUGUUGAUCAGCCUGUACCGCUAGAGGCUUUGCAGCUCGAGGAGCCCCCCGCUGCAGCCGUAGCUCCUCAGGCUGACUCUCUUAGCAGCCCCAGCCCUGCCCCUGAGCUUAUUCAUCCCCCUCCACCACCAUAUGAACCCCACCCGGCUGGACCACCCGGUCCAGAAGCAAAGAUGUACAAGAAAGAUCUAUAUAAUAUGGACGAUCCUGUGCAGAUGAACCACGGAAUGAAGCAGUCAAUGAGCUACAGUCACCAGCCGCUGUACCAGGACAAGCAGCCAUACCGAGAAUACGACCACGCGCCUUACGGUUACGACAGGGGCGGCUACCCGGAACCAAAGUCUCACAACGCUGACCCUCACGUGCACUACGAGAACCGUGUGCCUCAUUAUAACGAGCAGUGGUCCCCCUACGACCAGCAGACCUCGCCCUCCCAGCCCGGCCACCAGCAACCUGUCGGCUACAACCUCCGAACGUACGAGGAUGGGCCCGGGAGGGACUACAGCCCGCCUCGGCCUCGAUACGAAGACCCGCUACCUGUGGGAUACGGGCCGCGCCACAGUAAACCCAUCCGUUACGAUGAACUGCCUCCGCCGCCGCUCCCCGCAAACUACGAUGCCCGCUCUCCUUAUGAGGCGGACAGUCACAACUUUCCCGUGGAAUCUCCAGAACCACCCAAGCAGUACUAUGGCGACUCCGCUCCAAGGCCUUCCUACAUGACGGGGCCUCAUCGGAGCGUCAAGGCAGGGAUGCACGAACCCACCAUAAACUCUGAACCUCCUAUUCUCCCACCUAAAACAGAGACUCUCACGUCCCCAAGUGAGUCAGCAGGCACUCCUGGAUCAAAGACGUUGUCACCUCUCCAACGGGAAGAGCUGGACGAAGACCCAGCCAUGAAACCGCAGUCGGUGCUCAACAGAGUAAAGAUGUUUGAAAAUAAACGUUCAGUUUCCAUGGACCGGGCAAAGGAAGGCGAAUCCUCCGUUCUCAGGCCAGCAGAUGUUCCCAAACCUUCAAGUGCACCUGGUCCUGUCCUCAAGGCAAAUUCCCUCAGCAACUUGGAGCAAGAAAGGCCCUCUUACAGGGCUCCUGAGCCCCAGAGGCCUCACACAAAACUGCUCGAUGACAUCAUGCGUAGCAAUCAUUAUGACCCGGAGGAGGACGAGGAGUAUUACAGGAAACAGUUGUCCUACUUUGAUCGUCGAAGCUUUGACAGCAAAACGGCGGGCCAACCCAAUCCUGGCAUGAACCGCUUCCACGAGCUGGCCAAACCAGCUCAACUGUCAUACCCGUACAACAGAGUGGAAUCUGUUGAGAAAGUGAGUCCAGGGGAGAAGCGAUUUGAUCUUCUACCUCAGAUUAGCCCAUCUUUUCAGUACGGACCUCCCGGUUCUGCCAUCCCUCCCAAUACACUGCCCAAACUCAGCCCGACUGAUGUGAAUUCCAUCCCUGAGCCGCUGACCUCGCCCAAUCCCAAAACCGAUCUGGCAGCCCUCCGACCUGUCAGCCGGGACGAAGCCACCCCUGUGAGCUACCCGCCCCCGAGGCCUCUCCCCGACAAGUCCCCUGUCAACGGCACGGAUGUUGCGCCCCAGAAAAGCGUGGCCGCUCCAUUUCCCAGCGGUUACAACCGCUACGUCCCCAAACCGUACACCAGCUCGGCACGGCCAUUCGAGCGCAAGUUUGAGAGCCCUAAGUUCAACCACAACCUGCUGCCCAACGACACGCAAGUAAAAAUGGAGCUCCCCGGCGUGCCGAACAACGGGAAGCUGCAGCUGUCACCUCAGCUGCCAGACCACGACAGCGGCCUGGACACCUUCACCCGCACUGUGGACAAUAGGCCUAAAUACCAGCACAAUAACAUCAACGCCAUCCCCAAAGCCAUUCCUGUCAGCCCCGGCGCACUGGACGAUGACGACGAGGACGAAGGACACACGGUGGUGGCCUCCGCCCGAGGUGUCUUCAACUGCAACGGGGGUGUCCUGAGCUCCAUCGAGACUGGCGUCAGCAUCAUCAUCCCACAGGGCGCCGUCCCGGAGAAUGUGGAGCAGGAGAUCUACUUCAAAGUGUGCCGCGACAACAGCAUUCUGCCCCCCCUCGACAAGGAGAAAGGAGAAACGCUGCUAAGUCCGCUGGUGAUGUGUGGCCCCCACGGCCUGAAGUUCCUAAAGCCGGUGGAGCUGCGCUUACCUCACUGUGCAUCCAUGACCCCUGAUGGUUGGUCUUUUGCUCUAAAAUCCUCCGACUCCUCGUCGGGUGACCCAAAAGGAUGGCAAAACAAAUCCCUCCCAGGCGAUCCAAACUACCUUGUGGGUGCAAACUGUGUUUCUGUGCUCAUCGACCACUUCUGA